GGUCCAGCGUUUAUUGUGUUGCCGAAUCUGGUGGUCGCAGGGAGCCUGCUAUGUUCGCUGUAUGUCGCAGCAUCUGCGACGGCCCACUGCACGCGGCUUCCAUCUUUGGUCAGCAUGCUCGAUGACGACGACACCGAGGUAGAGCAGGGGUAUAUGAACUUGUCCUUGUUCCUGAGCCUUAGUGAGUCCGGUUUCUUCAUGUGGGAUACCCGCGUCACCCUGGGUGUCCUGCAGAAGUUUGUCUACUUCACAACUGCCAUUGUUGGGAGCAUUGGCUUCCAACUGAAUGUUCUGCAUUUUUGA